AUGGCGAUUGAAGAUGAACAAAUUGGUGCAGCGACUACUACUGACAAUUUCACGGCCGGAACUGCCACUUUUCCUACCAUUGAUCACAAUCAUCCCUUGUACCUGCAACCAACAGACACACCAGGUAGCCCUUUGAUCUCUCUUCAACUAACCGGAUCAGACAAUUAUGCCUUGCGGAGUCGUGCAAUGAGAAUAUGUUUGCUAGGUAAAAGUAAACUAGGUUUUGUCGAUGGGAGAUUUCCUAAAUCUAAAUUUGAACCUAAGCUUCGUGAUUUGUGGGAGAAAGUCAAUGUUAUAAUUCUCUCAUGGAUAAUGAAUGUUGUUAGACCAAGAUUGUUGAGUAGUGUGUUAUAUGCAUCUAGUGCUCAUAGAGUUUGGGAAGAUUUGAAGGAGAGGUUUGAUAAAGUAAAUGGCUCAAGAAUACUCUAUUUGCAUAGAGAAGUUCAUACCCUAACCCAAGGAAUUAUGACUGUGACUGGCUAUUUUUCAACGAUAGAGAGCUAUGGGAUGAGUUUAAUGCUCUCUUGCCUUGUCCUGUCUAGGAGCCAAAUUAUGAUGAUGUCUCCCCUACCAAGUAUAAACAAGGCCUACUCUUUGUUAGUUGAUCAUCAAAGUCAAAGGAACCUCACAAGCAUAACACAAGUUGCUCAGGUCACUGAACCCUUGGAGAAUGCUGCCCUGCAUAGCAGUAGGAAUGUGAACAAUGCUGGAAACUAUAGGCCCAAAAGGAAUCAUGUUCAGUGCGAAUAUUGUCAUUACAAGGGUCAUACAAAGGACAAUUGUUUAAAAUUGACUGGGUAUCCCACUGAUUUCAAAGCCAAAAGGAAAGGAGUUAGUAAAGUACAACAUGUCAAUUGUGCAGGGAAUGCAGAAGGAGAAAUACAUAAACGGCCCCUUGAAGUUGUCCUCAACGAUCAAACAAAUACCUCAACUGACCGCUUUACCAUUGAGACACUUCUAGUGGCUAUUAAGUGUAUCAAAUAA